GAAGGAAGGGGCGGGACGACCUGGCUGUAAAAAAAAAAAAAAAACACCCCAAAACAAAAACCCACCCAUCUGCUCGGGAGGAGACGGUGGAGGGGCCGCUCCGCCCAGGGGCGGGGCUGCAAGCCAGGGCGGACCACGCGGGGGGUUGUGGGGCGGAGAGCCCCCCUCCAGAAGGAGACGCUUGGAGUCGGAGGGGCGGGGGACUCCAUGUCCCAGCAUGCCCCGCGGAGGGCCCGACCGGCCGCGACUCCGGGCUCGGCCCCGGCCCUAGCGCGUCGGCGGUGUAUUGGGGCGCGUGGAGGCUGCAGUCACGGUGGCGCCCGCGGGGACGGAGGAGGGAAUGAGUGAAGAGGAGCAGGGCUCCGGCACUCCCACGGGCUGCGGGCUGCCCAGUAUAGAGCAAAUGCUGGCAGCCAACCCGGGCAAGACCCCGAUCAGCCUUCUGCAGGAGUAUGGGACCAGAAUAGGGAAGACGCCUGUGUACGACCUUCUCAAAGCCGAGGGCCAAGCCCACCAGCCUAAUUUCACCUUCCGGGUCACCGUUGGCGACACCAGCUGCACUGGCCAGGGCCCCAGCAAGAAGGCAGCCAAGCACAAGGCAGCUGAGGUGGCCCUCAAACACCUCAAAGGGGGGAGCAUGCUGGAGCCGGCCUUGGAGGACAGCAGUUUUUUUCCUCCCCUAGACUCUUCACUGCCUGAGGACAUUCCGGUAUUUGCAGCUGCAGCGGCUGCCUCUCCUGUUACAUCUGCAGCCCCAACCAGGAGUCCCCCCAUGGAGGUGCAGCCCCCCGUGUCCCCUCAGCAGUCUGAGUGCAACCCUGUCGGCGCUCUGCAGGAGCUGGUGGUGCAGAAAGGCUGGCGGCUGCCGGAGUACACGGUGACCCAGGAGUCGGGGCCAGCCCACCGCAAGGAGUUCACCAUGACGUGCCGGGUGGAGCGCUUCGUGGAGAUCGGUAACCAGCGCCGGCUUCAGCCUGGGGCGCCCGAGGAGGCCCCGUCAAGGCCUUCAGCCCUGCCUGCACCCUUCUCACUGCCUUCCCUUCAUCAGGGUGUGGGCUCCCGCCUCGACGGAUUUCGGAACCGGGGCCCAGGCUGCACGUGGGAUUCUCUGCGGAAUUCCGUGGGCGAGAAGAUCCUGUCCCUCCGCAGCUGCUCCCUGGACUCCUUAGGGGCCCUGGGCUCUGCCUGCUGCGGCGUGCUCAGUGAGCUCUCUGAGGAGCAGGCCUUCCACGUCAGCUACCUGGAUAUUGAGGAGUUGAGCCUGAGCGGCCUCUGCCAGUGCCUGGUGGAGCUGUCCACACAGCCCGCCACCGUGUGUCACGGCUCCGCAGCCACCAGGGAGGCAGCCCGAGGUGAGGCUGCCCGCCGCGCCCUGCAGUACCUCAGGAUCAUGGCUGGCAGCAAGUGACAGCCCACGGCCGCGCAUCCUGGCCUCCUGCUCGUCCAGCGCCUGCCAGCCCUGGCACCCAUACAGGUGCCACCUCUACCUCUGAAUGGACUGCCUGCCUGCGGGCUGAGGGCUCCGGGCCGGGAGCCAGGGACCACAGGGCCUCCGCGGCCCGGCAUCCUGUUUCCGGUGGUGACGAGUGGGAAUGAGAUCGGCAGGCCCUGCCUGAGAGCCCAGAAUAAACAUGCUGCUCCUUGG